GACGAGGGGUGGCUUGUGUUCUGGCGGCCCCGAGAUCUGCCCCUUUUCCCUCGGUUUUGCCUUGCGGCCGAGGAGGCCGGUGCUGGUGUAGUACUGGCAUGUUUUGAGGCCGCCGGAGAAACGUGUUCUGUGUGCUGCUUGCCUCUGAUCCCGUUGUGUUUACCGCCAUGGAGGAGUUCAGCGGGUAGUUAGUCAGAAGGAGCAGGGUGGAGGAAGAGAUGGAAGCUAAGAAAGGAAUUUCUGCAGGAAGAAAUGGAAGUAUGAAACCAGGAGAGAAAGUUGCUCGGUUUUUCCAUGCUUGUUUACAAGCCGGUGAAGUGUUUGGACUAGUAUUCUGUAAAACCAGGGGUUGUCAUCUGAAAAGGUGUCAGCUGUGAUGCAUGUUUAAAAGGAAAUUUUCGAGGUCGUCGGUACAAGUGUUUAAUUUGCUACGAUUACGAUCUGUGUGCAACUUGUUAUGAAAGUGGUGCAACGACAACAAGGCAUACAACUGACCACCCAAUGCAGUGCAUACUAACAAGAGUAGAUUUUGACUUGUACUAUGGUGGAGAAGCUUUCUCUGUAGAGCAGCCACAGUCUUUCACUUGUCCUUAUUGUGGGAAAAUGGGGUAUACGGAAACAUCUCUUCAAGAACAUGUUACUUCUGAGCAUGCAGAAACAUCAACAGAAGUGAUUUGUCCAAUAUGUGCAGCAUUACCUGGAGGGGAUCCGAAUCACGUAACAGAUGACUUUGCAGCUCAUCUUACACUGGAACACAGAGCUCCUAGAGAUUUAGAUGAAUCCAGUGGCGUUCGGCAUGUACGUAGGAUGUUCCACCCAGGCCGGGGUUUGGGAGGCCCCCGUGCUCGUAGAUCAAACAUGCACUUUACUACCAGUUCCCCUGGUGGGCUUUCGUCUUCUCAGAGUUCAUAUUCUCCAAGCAAUAGAGAAGCCAUGGACCCUAUAGCUGAGCUUUUAUCCCAGCUGUCAGGUGUGAGGCGUUCUGCAGGAGGACAGCUCAACUCCUCUGGCCCUUCUGCUUCUCAAUUACAGCAGCUGCAGAUGCAACUGCAGUUGGAACGACAACAUGCACAGGCAGCAAGACAGCAACUGGAGACUGCACGCAAUGCAACCAGACGCACCAACACGAUCAAUGUCAACACCACUAUGACACAAUCUACAACAACAACCAACACAUCUAACACAGAAAACAGUCAGCAGACUAUCCAGAAUUCCCAGUUCCUUCUGACAAGGUUGAAUGAUCCGAAGAUGUCAGAAGCAGAGCGUCAGUCAAUGGAGAGUGAACGGGCAGACUGCAGCCUGUUUGUUCAGGAGCUUCUACUGUCCACCUUGAUGCAGGAAGAAAGUUCCUCCUCAGAUGAGGAUGAGCGGGGGGAGAUUGCAGAUUUUGGUGCUAUGGGCUGUGUAGAUAUUAUGCCUCUAGAUGUUGCUUUAGAAAACCUAAAUUUAAAAGAGAGUAAUAAAGGAAAUGAGCCUCCUCCACCUCCUCUUUGAUGACAUCCCACUUUGCAGACAAUGUCCUCUGUGCUGUAUUUGCCAAUGAAAGUGGACAACAACUAUCUUGGGUUUGUUUUGGUGAUUGUAAUUUCAGGUCUGUCACUCUUGUUACAUUGUGUACAUUCAAAAGAAAGAGAGAAAAGAUAUAUAUGAUAAUCAUUUCCACUUAACUAAUUUUUACUUCUAGCAGGUAAUGUAGGUUGCAGAGCAGAAGGCUCUGUGUCCUGUACCUUGACAUGCAAAAGGCUCUCCUAAUACUCCACAUUCAAACUGAAGAGGAAAAAAAAAAAAGAAAAAUCUCUAAUGAAGCUGCUGUGUGUAUUUAUGAAUAUUAAUGAAUAAAAACUGCUUGGAUGGUUUACCUUAA